ACAAAGGAAAGCCGUCUUUUGGGAGUUACGGAUUAGUCGACAUAUUGUUCCACACACUUAUCUCUUUGCAAGGCAGAGACAGCUUCUCUCUUUCUCCAGCCAUGGAGAUUGUUGUUCAAAGUUCAGUUGGUAUAUAUUCGAAACCCUUCCAUAGCUUAGCUAGAAAGCUAAUUAAGGCAUCAUCAGGUCCAAUUACAAGAGUUACAGAAAUGGAUAGGAGAAGAGAGGGAAUUUCACUACUCACUUCUCAUUCUUUUUUUCCUGCAAUUAGGAGAAUAAGAGCAAUGCAUAAGAGCAUCACUUCUUCUCCAACGGUUUCUUUUGCAACACCUGAGGUGGGAGUUACAAAUACUGAAACGCGUGAAUGGGCGAUGCAAGAUUUCUAUACUUUAAGGAAGGAUGUAGAAACUGUCUUAGAGCGUGUUCAGGAGAUCAGAGCUGCUGCUGGUCUAAAGCAAUUACAGGAAGAUCUUGCUGCUUUAGAAGCAGCAGCUGCUGAUCGGUCUCUCUGGGAUGAUCGUGCGAAAGCUCAGGAAACACUUCAGGCUUUGACUGAUUGCAAAGACAAAUUAAAGGUUCUCCGUGACUUCAAGACACAGGCUGAUGAUGCAGAAACGAUUAUUAAGCUCACUGAGGAGAUGGACUCAAUUGAUUCAGUGUUUCUUCAAGAGGCCUCUGGUAUCAUAAAGGAAUUGAACAAGGCACUGGAUCGUUUUGAGUUGACUCAACUUCUUUCAGGCCCCUAUGAUAAAGAAGGUGCAGUGAUUACUAUCACAGCUGGUGCGGGCGGCACUGAUGCACAGUUUUCACGCAUCUCGACUAAUUCAACAGGAUAUGUGCUACCAUAUACUAGGAUGUAUGUGAGAUGGGCAGAAAAGCAGCGCUAUAAAACAAAAGUUGUUGAGAAGUCUGUGGGAGAAGAAGCUGGGAUCAAGUCAGCCACUGUUGAAAUUGAUGGACGGUAUGCAUAUGGCUACCUGUCUGGGGAGAAAGGAACCCACAGGAUUGUUCGACAGUCUCCCUUCAACUCUAAAGGCCUUCGUCAGACAAGCUUCACUGGCAUUGAAGUUAUGCCUCUUCUUCCUGAAGACUCAACAAAUGUUGAAAUUCCCGAAGAAGACUUGGAUAUCAGCUUUACAAGAGCAGGUGGAAAGGGAGGUCAAAAUGUUAACAAGGUUGAGACUGCGGUUCGCAUCACUCAUAUUCCCACUGGUGUAGCUGUUCGCUGUACAGAGGAGAGGUCACAGCUGGCAAAUAAGAUAAAAGCUCUAAGCAGAUUGAAGGCAAAAUUAUUGGUGAUUGCAGAGGAACAAAGGGCAUCGGAAAUAAAGCAAAUAAGAGGAGACACGGUGAAGGCGGAAUGGGGCCAGCAAAUAAGAAACUAUGUCUUCCAUCCUUACAAGCUAGUAAAAGAUGUAAGGACUGCUUAUGAAACUUGUGAUAUCACCUCUGUGAUGGAUGGUGAGUUAGAUCCUUUUAUCAAAGCCUACCUUAAGCACAAGUACAGUUUGGCAGCAAAUCCUAGUGGACUCACUUGAUAAUGUAAAUGAAUCACUAGAUACAACAUCUUUAAUGUUGUUAUUACCUUGUAUUUGAGAUUUGUUCCCAUCUUUCUAUAAUUGUUGUGUUUAGUUAAUAGGAAAAUGACAUAUUGAAG